ACCAUCAAACCACACCGCCAUCUGAAAUCAAAAUUUCGCGAGAGUUUUUUGGAUGACGAUGCGCUUGGAGGUGACCCUGAAGACGUAUACGAUGACCUAUGUACUCUGCAAGAAGCGUUGAAAAAUGCCGGGCUGCAUUUGAACAUCGCCAAAUGCGAAUUGGUAGUGAUCGGAGGGUCCGAAACCGAUCGCCAAAGGGUAACUAACGCGUUUCUCCAAUCGUUCCCUGAUUUGCAGUUGCCGCACCUGAACGAGUUGAACUACCUUGGCGCACCACUCCACGAUGACGCGGUUGCAGGCACCCUUGCUGUUGAAACGGAGAAGAUUGCCAAGAUGACACAACGCUUAACACUGCUGCCUGCCCACCACGCGUUGUACCUUUUGAAAUGCAGCAUGGGUCCGGUAAGAAUGAUUUACAGGUUGCGAACUGCGCGGUGCUACCUGCAAACGGAGUUCUUGCGACAGUUCGACAAAAUGAUCAUCGACUGUCUGUCGAGAAUUACCAAUGUGAACAUUACCGAAGCCAUAUGGAUGCAAGCGGCACUUCCCGUCGCACAGGGUGGUCUCGGAAUCCGGAGCAUUGAGAAGCUGGCCCUUCCAACCUUUUUGGCCUCGGCUUACUCAGUGGCUAAACUGACUAACGAGUUAGUUGAUUUUGACCCGGAAAUUUAUUGUCGCGGCGCCGCAGAAGAGUGGCAGCAAAUGACCAAAGCUGACCUUCCGGCCUUCGAAACCAGAAAACAUCAGAAGAUUUGGGAUGAACCGAUCAUCCACGGCACGGUGGAAACCCUCCUGGCGGCAGCCCAGUCAGACAUGUCAAGCGAAGCCCGUCUUCGCGGUGUGAGCACUAAGGAUAACGGCGCAUGGCUGGAAGCACUUCCAGCCGCUUCCCUCGGUAACUUCCUAAACGACACCACACUCAGAAUUGCUGUCGGCCUGCGUCUCGGCGUACCAGUCACCAUUCCACACCGUUGCAAUUGUGGUGAAUGGGCCGAUGCGCGAGGAUACCAUGGCCUGAGUUGUAAAAAAAGCCGGCGCCGGAAGCCCAGGCACAGCUGCAUCAAUGUCACUUUAAAGCGCGCCUUUGCUUCCGCCGGUAUUGAAACGGAACUGGAGCCUAGUGCCCUGCAACGGAGUCGAAAACUUCGUCCAGUCCGAUCCGAACUAAUAAAUUUUUCUCCGAACCCAGUCCGACUCCGAAUUUUCAAAAUCAUACUCCGACCACUCCGAUCCGUAAAUGUUUUUUACAAAUCCGAAUCCAGUCCGAUCCGCUCCGAAAAUUUUUGUCAUAUUUAUUUUUUAUUUCAUUCCAGAAAAAUCUAUAAUACCUAUACUAUCCGCUUGGAGCCACCUGGUACUUGCCUAACCAAUGGCAAGCGCCCCGACGGAGUGACUUUGGUCCCAUGGGAAAGAGGAAAAAUGCUGACCUGGGACGCCACAUGUGUGUGCACGGUAGCCUUGUCGCACAUCGCGGCAACAUCGAAGCAAGCGGGAGCAGCCGCGGCGCGCGCAGAGCAGGAUAAAGUGGCGAAGUAUCGGGAACUCACCCGGGAUUACCUGUUCCGUGCAUUUGGCGUCGAAACACUCGGACCACUCGGACCGGACGCAUCUCAUUUGGUCACCGAAGUCGGGAAGAUGAUACAACAGGAAACAGGCGAGGUACGGGCGACGGAGUUUUUGCGCCAACGGAUCAGCAUUGACGUCCAACGCGGGAACGCGGCCUCUGUCAUGGGAACAGCACCAGCAUCGGCCAACUUAGACGAAAUGUUCUGUGUGAUUAGGCCGCCCAUUUCCGUACGCCAAAUUGAAUUAAAAAUGCAUUUAUGCACCAGUGCAGAUAGUAUCCAUCCAUAA